AACACGUCUUACCGCGUGGAGCUCCAGACUGGGAAUCAACAUAUAGGUGAACUAUUUUGUGAUGUGCUUAGUCUAGAGCAUUCUCAAGCCUACUGCUUCAAACCAGGGCUGUACCUAGUCCAGAAUGUUGGAGGGGGAGGGAGAGAGAGGACAGUGGAGAAGAAUCGGGACACAAUCAAAUCGUCGUGUGAGAGCCAGAAGGACAACCUAGACUACUAAUACUAGAAAUUGGACACUGGAGCACAGAUGAUGACAUGGAGACAAAGAAGGGAAGAGCAAACUGUCAACCUUGCCCGUCACCUGCAGGUGUGAAAAGUGUCACGUUUGAUGAGGAUGUUAUAGAGACAUCAAUCGGUGGCACACAGUCCACUGGCAGAAUUAAACUUGAUCACAUCACCGCACUCAAAGUUGUCAACAGCAAAUCCGAUGGGAAGAAAAACUUGAUGUUUUCUGAAGAUGUCGCAGAGGUUCCCAGCACGCCGAAAACCACGAAAGUAGAAUGUGCUAGAAGUGAGAUUUUGUCUGUUGAGGAAAAGACGGCUAGUUUUACAACGAUGACCGACUGUUUCCGUACACCGAAUGGAACACCGACAAAGAGCCGGCGUCACACACUGGAGAGCAAGAUGUUCAACACACCCGACUGCUAUCGAGUCGUGCAGAUGGAGACACCGAGGAAGUUUGACUUGAGUUAUGACGACAGCACCGACCUCGAUGAUGAUGAUGACUGCACCAGUGUCAUGGUCGCUGUUCGGGUUCGACCUCCCAAUCAAAGGGAGCUGUCUGACCCCAGUAUCCAUAACGUUGUGUCGAUGUGUGGCAACGAAACCACCGUGACGACAGACAGCGGCAGUGCUCACCGCUUCACGUAUGACUUUUCGUUUUGGUCGUGUGACAAGGUGCACGGAGAGUUUGCCAGUCAGAGCUACGUGUACAACCAGCUGGCGAAACCGCUACUGGCGAAGGCGUUCGAGGGCUACAACACGUGUCUGUUCGCAUACGGUCAGACAGGCAGCGGGAAAAGUUACAGUAUGAUGGGCCAUGGCAGUGAAGUGGGCAUCAUUCCCAGAUUCUGUGAAGAGCUGUUCUCUCGGGUCGAACAUUCCAGGGACAAGAAAAUGGUGAAGAUCGCAGUGGAGAUCAGCUUCUUUGAAAUCUACAAUGAGAAGAUCCACGACUUGCUAGCGUCCUCCAAGGACAAAGGAGGGAAGAAGGCUACGCUGAAAGUUCGCGAACAUCCAGUGCUUGGUCCGUAUGUCGAGGGACUGUCCACGUUUGUUGUGAAUUCAUUUGAAGAUGUUGAGGGGUGGAUCACACUUGGCAACAAGAACCGAGCCACUGCAGCAACUGGAAUGAAUGACAAGAGUAGCCGCUCACAUUCAGUGUUCACCAUAGUGAUGACACAGACCAGGACGGAGAGACUGGAAGGCAAGGAUCACGACAGUUCUGUUAACAGUAAGAUCAACCUAGUCGACCUGGCUGGCAGUGAGCGGCAGUCCCAAGCUCAGACCACAGGAGAGCGUCUUAGGGAAGGUGCUAACAUCAACAAGUCUCUGAUGACUCUGGGUAAAGUGAUCUCACUUCUGUCUGAACAGUCCACUAUGACGAGCAAGAAACGCAAGAUCUUCAUCCCAUAUCGAGACUCCGUUCUAACGUGGUUGCUGAAGGAGAGCCUGGGAGGGAAUUCGAAGACGGCGAUGAUCGCUACCAUCAGUCCAGUCCAUCAACACAUCGACGAAACACUCAGCACACUCAGAUAUGCCCAGCAGGCGAGGUCGAUUGUGAACAUGGUGCGCAUCAACGAGGACCCCAAGGCGCGGAUCAUCAGAGAGCUGAGAGCAGAGAUUGAGAAGCUGCAGGCACGCACUGGACAGAUGGGUGACGACAGCCACACAGAGAGUUGGACGGAGAUCGCCAUUCUACGAGAGAGGCUUCUCGCCAAGGAGAAACAGAUGGAUGACAUGUCCAGGUCAUGGCAGGAUCGAUUCCGCCAGGCUGAGGCGAGGAAGUUGCAAGAGUCCCAGCUACUGGAGAAAUCUGGAAUAGCGAUGAAGGUGGACCCGAUGUUGCCUAAGCUGGUGAACCUGAAUGAAGACCCCCAGCUGUCGGAGACGCUGCUGUACAUCAUCAAGGCAGGCCAGACGCGCGUCGGCCGCAUGCAGGACCUCUCCCAGCACGACAUACAGCUCAACGGAGCUCUCAUUGCAGACAACCACUGCAUCAUCAACAAUGUGGAGGGUGUGAUUAACAUCACACCAAUAGGCGACGCCCCGACGUACGUGAACGGCACUCUGAUCACUGACCCCACGACGCUGCAUCAUGCUGACAGAGUCAUUCUUGGUGGUGAUCAUUAUUUCAGAUUUAGUCACCCACAGGAGGUGCAGAAGAACAAGAAAACGACGUCAUCAGAAAUAAAAGAUUUUGAAUUUGCGAAACAGGAGUUACUGUGUGUUCAAGAGGCAAGGUUACAGCAGGAGUUGGAGGCUGCACGGCGGAAGGCUCAGGAGGAGAUCGAGCGCCAGCUGGAGAAGGCGAAGAAGGAGGCAGCUCACGAGCUGAACCAGCAGAGGAGCGGCUACGAGGACAAGCUGGCCGGCUACCACGACAGACUCGCCGGCUACCAGGACAAACUCGCGCAGCUCGAGAAGGCUCUGAAAGAUCAAAGUUGCGAGACUCAGAAAGUUGAAGAAUCGCGACAAGAAGCUGAAGAUUUAAUUAAUCAACUCAAGAAACAAAAAAUGAUGUUGGAACAGGAGGUUCUGGUCGGCAGGAAGAGACAAGAGCUGGAGGAGAAAGCAGCAGAGAUGGUUCCUAAUGCAAUUGUCAGCCGGAAGUCGCGCCUGCUGGAACUGAUGGAGGUGGAAAGGCUGAAACUAUCUCACAAAGUAGAGAGUCUCAAACAGACACGGGCCGAGAUGAUUGCACCCGUCGUCGCGGCCGCCAACAGACAGAAGAUCCCCGACUCGGUCGCGGCACGCAAGGACCUCUACAGGACAGCGCUGCUUGUGCGAGAAGCCAACAAGAUCUCUCAGUACCUGAAAAAGAAUAUGACGUUCAGCCGUGAGGAUGUGAUGGAGGGAGACGAGGUUACGACGCUGAUCCGGGUGACCAACACAAAACACAACAGCUGUACGCUGUGGACCAUGAGCAAGUUCGAGGAGAGACUGACGCAGAUGAAGGAUCUCUACCAGAACGAAGACGGGACGUCGUCGGAUGAAGACGAGGUUUUCAACAACCCGGAAGAUAACUGGGAGAGAGAUUCCUUACUAGCAUCCCCGCUAUCUGGUGUCAAUGGUCUUGUCAAGAGUCCGCUGCUGUCUCCCGCGUGUGUGUUCAGGUCUGGUCAGCUCGGCUCCGGAGGCUCCUUCAAGAGAUCUUCUACUGGGUCCAGUUUAAACAUGUCGAUUUCUACGUUUCUCAAGACGUGUAAACUCUUCGUGUCCUCAUCCAUGGAGAGCUUUCAUGCUAUCCACCUGGAGGAGAGUAUAGCAGACAAGAUGUUGGCCAGCUGUCAGACGAUGAAGAUCGCGGUGACGGCCAUCUUGGAUAUGCCCCCCAGUGCUGACGACAGUGCAAGAGAGCAGAACGUCUGUGUUCAGAGCCGCACGAUUGAGAUGUUGACGUCGCUGCAGCUGUUGUCCACGCUGAGCACGCUGUGGGCUGCCAUGUGCUGUGACCUUGACUCCCACAUGGUGAAGAACCUUCUUCAGAAGGUCGUCGAGCAGGUCAAGGCCAUCGGAAGUCACACAGCCAUGUUCCUACAGGGGUGUGAGAAUGAGCUGGCCAGUGUUAUUUACAAGUACGGGACGAAGAUCGUUGACUGUCUACUCAGUCUGUGUAAGAGUUGUGGGGAGUUGGCGCUCGCCACGGGCACCAGGAUGCUGCGACUGGAGAAUGCUGGCGCUGACCCCGACCUGAAGAUGGGACACGAUGUGUACCAGGCCUUUCUUUCGGGGUCGGACAGGUUUCUAGACAAGGCUAUUCAGAGCGGCCUGCAGUCGCUAGAAGAUUGUGAAACACGCAUCCAGGACUUGACCAAUCACACUGAACACAACUUGAAAGUCGUAGAACUUCCCCAGCAUGUGGAGAUUGUCGUGGCAACCAGUAAAGUUCUUCUUCAGAAGUGUCAGGAAAUACAGGUGGAGGUUGAUGUUUGUCUGCGGGAAAGUUCAAGGCCGUUCCAAUACUACUACCUGAGUUACUGCCGCUCGAGGGCGCUGCUCGGUCACGUAGAUAGUCUUGUAGAAAACAGUAAUCUUCUCAUCCACUCAGCAGAGCCCGUGCUCCACGCAAAGCCAGGAGAAGGAGGAGACGUCGAAAGCAUCAACCGGUACGCGGAACUGAUCCAGAAGACGUCCAACCGCUUCCUGCAGUCGUCUCUGAGCGAGGUCGUGCGACACAUAACCAGUGGUUGCAGUGAGGACUCGGACUUCUCAGACCUGUCCAUACUGUCCACCUCCCAGAUGGAGCAUCUCGACUAUGCCAUACAGGAAGUGGACACCUCAACCUCGUCUCUCAUUCACUAUGUGGAGAAAUGGCUCGGUCCCACAGACAGGGACAAAAGACUCGCCAGUAAUUCAUGUAGAGGAGAGCUUCUCAAGAACUAGAAUUCACGUAAAAACAGAUCAUUGUCAACCACUGGAAAUUGCUUGUAUUAUAUGUUAUGCUUGUUGCGAAACGUUAUUUAAUAAACAUAUAGGUGAA